AUGAUGACGCUCACCGACGUGCGCGUUACCGUCGGGGACAGGGAUUUGCUCGUCGGAGCCAACCUGCGCGUCGAACCGGGCGAGACGGUGGGUCUGGUGGGCGCGAACGGGUGCGGCAAGUCCACCCUCCUCCGCUGCGUGUCGGGGCUCCGAUCGCACGACGCGGGCGAGCUCAGGGUGGCGCAGCGCGCGGACGUCGGGUACCUCGAGCAGACCGCGGUGAGCGGCUCCAAGCUCACCGUCGCGCAGGAGGCGCGCAGCCGCAUGACGCACGUACAGGCGGCGAUCGACGCGGUGCGAGAGGCGGAGAAAGCCAUGGCCCAAGGCGACGCAAACGCCGCGUCCAUGCUCGUGGCGGCGAACGACGCGUUCGAGGCUGUGGGCGGAAAUACCGUCGAACGGAGGGUCGCGGACGUGCUCACGGGCCUCGGUUUCGCGAAGGAGGCGUGGGACAGGCCGUGCGCGGCGCUCAGCGGCGGAUGGCAGAUGCGGGUGGCGCUCGCGAGGCUCCUGCUCUCGCCCGCCGGGGACAGCCGAAACUCGGGCAUCACCGGCGGCUUCCUCCUCCUGGACGAGCCCACGAACCACCUCGACGCGCAGGCGAAGGAGUGGCUCGCCGGGUGGCUCAGGGCCUACUCCGGGACGGUGCUCCUGGUGUCCCACGACGAGGCUCUGCUGGACAAGGGCGUGGACAGGCUGGUGGAGGUGCGAGGGUCGAGGCUGCACGGGUACAGCGGCAACUACGCCAAGUUCCUCGAGGAGCGCAAGCAGCGCCGGGAGGUGGCCGCGAGGGCCGCGUCGAAGGAGGCGGCGAAGGCGGCCAAGCUCGAACAGUUCGUGGCCAAGAACAGCGCGCGCGCGUCCACCGCCAAGGCGGCCAAGAGCAAAGCCAAGCAGCUCCAGGGCGUGCUCGAAAACUUGGAGGAGUUGGAGGAGCUGACUGGCGGCGGCAAGGACCUCGGCGCCGGCCCGGGAGACGCCAAGCGGGUCACUUUCCGCCUUCCCGAUCCGCCCGACGGCGCGAAGGAGGCGCUCAUCCUGGAGAACGGGGUCGUCGGCUACGGCGCCGGCCUAGAGCCGCUCAUCACGGGCGCCGGUCUCAAGGUGAGCCGCGGCGACAGGUGGCUCAUCGUCGGUCCAAACGGCGCGGGCAAAUCCACCCUCCUGCGAACGCUCGGCGGUAACCUUCGGCUGCAGGGCGGCACGCUGGCGCACGGCGAGGGGACGCGCGUGGGAUACUUCUCGCAGGAUCUCGCUCAGGAGCUCCCGGUGGAGGAGACGCCGUUGGUUCACGUCCUGAAGGUGGCGCGCGCGGCGGACCCGACUGUGACGGAGCUCACGGCGCGAUCGGUGCUCGGCGCUUUGGGGCUCUCGGGAUCGGCAGCGAAGGACCGAAAAAUCGGGGAGCUCAGCGGGGGCGAGAAGGCGCGCGUGGCCCUGGCCGCGUUCGUGUUGCGUCCCGUCAACGUUCUCCUCCUGGACGAGGCUUCUAAUCACCUGGACACCGCCGCGAUUGACGCUCUCACCGGGGCUCUGAGAGGCUGGGACGGAGCGGUUGUCGCCGUGACUCACAAUAAAACCUUUGCGGAUGCUCUCGAGCCGACGUUCGUGGCGAGGGUCGAGGCCGGGGCGAUGAAGACCCGAAUGGUCACUGGUGGGACCCUAUCUAAAAAGGAUUUCUCUCCCAACGCGGUCGCCACUGGCGGCGUCGCGGGCGCGGUGGCAAAGCCAAAGGAAGCUCCCAAGGGUGCCAAAAAAGAACAGGAGAUGACCGAGGAGGAAAUUGCGGCUGCUGAAGCGGCGGCGAAGGAGGCUAAGGCUGCCCGAGACAAGCUACUCAGGGAGGCGAGGAACGCUCCAAAGACAAUCGAUAAAAUCGAACGCGCGCUGGCAGUUCUGGAAGAUGACAUCGCCGCCAUCGACGAGCGGCUGAUGAAAUGCGGGUCGGAUGUCGCGGCGGCGGUUGAAAUACAGAAGGAGAAGGACGUAAAAGUCGAGAAGCAGGGGUUGUAUUAUGCGGAGUGGCAGAGAUUGGAGGAGGUGAUGGCGGAGGCCGAGGCGAUCGCAGCAGAGGCGUAG